GUCGGUAGUGCGUGUUUGUCCGGAGGCGAGAACGGAGGUUGGCGCGUUUUCCUACUUUUUCUCAACUGAUAAGCCGAAGUUCAGGCUAAUCCCCAAAAGAUGAAGCUGCUGAUAGUGGCCGUACUCGUGGGGCUUUUGACAUGUAGUUGCCACAUUGUCCACUCCCAGGAACCUGGUGAAUUCGUGGACCAGGAAGCGAGCGAAUCGAAUGACGCACAUGCGAUCGAGCAGAGUCAGGCCAACAUAGCCGCCCAAGUGGAGGCCAUGCUGGAGCACUUCCAGCAGGAGGACCCUCAGGGGUUGCCUGGAGUGCCAGUUCCUGAUCCCUUGGAGGUGCCCAAUGUCAAGAAGAGCAUGGGCAUGGCAAAUCUAGACAUGCGGCAAGUUAAGGCCUACGGGUUAUCCAAGUUCCGCAUUGACAAAAUGAAUCUAGACUUGAAGGAAAUGAAGUUCAAUGGUGGCCUCCAACUGGAUCAAAUGCUGGUCAAAGGCCAGUAUACGCUGAGCUCAUUCUUUUCGAAAGCAAACGGACCCUUCACUGUGGUUCUGAAGAACGUCUAUGCUGAGGCAACGGCGUAUUUGGCCGUGGAACGAGAUGGCCACCUAGCCACCGAUCGUAUUAAAAUCGACAUCACCUUCUCGGACAUGACAAUGGAUUUCCAGAACCUGGGCUUGGUGGGCAGCGUCUUCCAGAGCGUGGUUAACGGAGCUCCCAAUCUCGUUUUCGACGCCAUGAAGCCAUUUAUGCUCCAGGAAGCAGACAAGAAGUUGCGAAGCGAAAUCGACACGAUGAUCCAGAAUACUUUAGGAGAGCGCCGAUUGCCCAACUCUAUAACUCCACUGGAUAGUGCCAUAGCCAUGGCCCGUAAGAUGGUGCGCCAAAAGGGCUAUGAUCCUUACCAUUUGCCCGAUGUGAACCGCACCAUGGGUGUGUUCAGUGUCCAGCUGGCACACACAUGGAUCAAUGGAAUCUCGAGCUUCUACCGAGUGGGAAACAUAACUGCUGGCAUGGCCAACAAAACAGUGUCGGUGGUCCUCCAAAUUGGUACCCAGCAGGUGACGGGAUCCGGUCAAUGGGAGGUGGGUCUAGGAAUGAUGACGCGAGUGGGCCAUGUGCAGUUCACCGUUCAGCACAUACGCGCCACCGUGGCAGUGAGCCAGUCUCUGGACACGCGCAAGCGGGCGCAAAUCACCGAUCUGCAAUUCGACAUGGGUAACAUCCAGGUGCGAUGCGACGGAGCGGGAACCUUGGAUUACGUUAUGGAGUUUGCGGUGAAUGUGAUCCCCAACCUUUUGCGUUACCAGAUCAUGGACGCUAUAGAGAACCCCAUUAAGCAGCGUGUGCAGGAGAAGUUCAACGCCAUCGAUGUGGAACAGGUCAUCAAGACUAUGGCCCAAAACAAUUUUGAAUUUGACCCAAAAUUGUUGGGACUGUGAGUCAAUAGCAAAUAAGAUUAUUUUUUGCAACCGAAUAAAGAUUUAUCCCUAGAAAAUGGGGAAUCACAAGCUA